AUGCCUCGCAAUAAAGAUGUAUAUAAUGAUUCAUUUGAUAUAUUUAAAGAUUCUAAAGAGAAAGAAAGAUAUAAAUAUCGUAAAUGUGGAAAAAAUUGGGCUAAAAAUGAAACAAGACUACAAGAGCAUUAUAACUCUUGUAUCUUGACAGAUAAUGAAGAAAAUAGAAUUUUUCCUGGAUUUAAAUGCCAAUAUCAAACCACGAUUAAAUGGGCAAAAAGUAUUUUAGAAAAAUGUAAGGAAAUCAUAUCAUAUUUUAGAUCACAUCAAACUAUUUUAGCUGCUCUUCGACGUCUUCAAAUAGAAAAAUAUGGACAACAAAUUGCAUUAGUUUCAAUAAUUGAAACACAAUGGGGUUCUGCCUUUGAAUGUAUGGAUCAUCUUUUACGAACAAAACUGGCAAUAAAAUCUAUUUUAGCUGAAGAUAAUCUAAGAAUAGAUAGUCAAAUUCAAAUUUUAAUUAUUAAUGACAGCUUUUGGAAAGAUCUUAAAUAUCUUUGUGACUUAUUAAAGCCAUUUUUAAUGUUUAUUCACCUUUUAGAACAAGAUAAUCCUCUACUUUUA